AUGGCUGAAAAGAUAGCUCCAAUUACUGACAUACAGCAGGUCGACUCACCAACAGCUAUCGAGCCAGAUCGCAAUCAACGUCCGGACAAGGAUGUCCGCAGCGCUGUCUGGGCUAUCGUGACAGGCGUCGCUCUACCAUGUCUUCCUAUACUGGUCAUCCUCGCAGUCCUACUCGCCUUCAUAUUCGAGCACCAGGUCAAGCCAUGGGAGGGUUACGCCGAACUGGCCCUCAACACCACUGUUGCUGCUAAGCAGGACUGGCUGGCCAUUAUUCGCGACGUCAGACACAAUGGUGGUUCCAAUGCCUACCUGGUCAGGUACAAUGCGACUACCUUGACGACCAUCGCCAGCUGGACAAGCAGAAUCAUACCAUAUUUGACGAGCUCGAUCAUGGCAUUAGUAGCAUUCUUCGCUGCAAGAUACAUCGUCCAGCAAUCGAAACGAGGCGAGGAUGCCGUCCUACCAGAUCCAGAGCAGCUCACGAUAUUGAUUAGCUUACUUGGCGGCAACGGCAUCAGUCCUUUGAAAGAUACGUUGAUCUACAGGUGGCUCAAGAAAGAACGGCUUAUCUCGCCUGUUCCCGCUGUCGCCUGGAUCCUUGCGUUUAUAACAUUUCUUGGUCUGCUGAUACCCCUUGUGGACACAUGGUUCGGUAUUGCUACUCAUGCCACCGCAAUCACAAUUUUGUCGAACACUACGAACAGCCAGAAAUACGGCAGACAGCUUGAUAGGACAGCCGAUGAUACUACCGGCGCGCUCGGACUCUGUGCAGAUGGUCCCAAUACCAAUCUUUCUCUCUUCUGGAGCACCAAUACUUUUUGGCCAUGCAGCCUGAAAUUGGCUGCCGCUGACUUGGCAUCAGUUCACCUGACAUUGGCAAGUUCGCUGAAUGCAACAAAACUGCAAUAUGGUGUCCAGACCGACAAUUCUGUCAGCAAUUUCACGGUCAACUCGACAAACUGGUUCUUCUUCACUGAUCCUAGAGCCAACUCCGCACUGGACUUCACGGCGUCUAGCCCUGGGAUUUCCACGCAGUGCACACCUAUGACGGCGAAAUGUCUCUCUGAUCGCCCUACCGAUGGCGCAUACGAUGGCGGAUUCGCGUGCUCGAAAGGCUUUCGUGGCAAUAUACAACGAAAUUGGCCAACUGUGCUUGGUAAUGAGACGGCUCCGCAUGAUCUGGGUGUCUCACCUCUCAACACCACAGGCAUCGCAUUCGCCGGUGAUGCUGCGCUCAACGAGAUCCCAGGACUUGUCAAAACUACAGUCCCGGGCGGCUCCGGAGGACCACAGUGGCCUGAAAUCUUACCUCGCAAUCCCAUGCACUUCGGCACUUGGGCCAUCAACUACCCUGCCUACGACAACACUCCUGACAUUCUUUACAGCGAUCCCGAGUUUGCCUUCACCGGCGCCGGGAACAUGUGGUUCCUCAACUGCAGUUCUACCGUCGCCAACAUCACGUACGCUUGGUCGAAUGGCUCGCUACUUCACUUCGAUCCAGUCAUCGCCUCACCAGAGAUGGCAGCCCUCUUCCUCGGUCAAUACUCCGUGUACGGGCUCACACCAGACUUCAAGCCAAGCGUCGACCUUACGCUCGCUACCAUCGCCAAUCUCGCCGCUGUGUCCGUGUCCGACUCCUCUGGCAUGAUCGAACUCAGUACAGUCUGGGCAACACAGUUCUCCAAGAACACCCUCGCCCGCUCCGUCGGCGCCUUCGCUCCGCUGACGAACGUGAUAGAGCAACACCGCGAAGCCGGUGUCAUCGUUGCCCGCGUUCCCCUCGCACCACUCUAUCUCCUCAUCGCCGUCAAGCUCAUCUACGUCAUUGCCGUCAUUGCCCUUGCCAUCGGUGCCUACGCCUUCACCCAUCCAGCGGAAACCGAACUCGUCAAAGCACAACUCUCUGCCAAAGGCUUAGCUGCAGCUCACUUCGACCAGCCUGGACUUCAAGAUGUCCUACACCACAGCCAAACAGAUCUGGAAGGCGCCGGUGUCUCUCCCGCAGAAAUCGAGGUCCUGAACUGCGCCAGAGAGGUCGCAGAGCAGUCUCCUACCGUGUCAGACGCCAUCAAAACGUGUCUCUGGAUCAUUCGUACCUUCAACACCAUCCGCCACCCAAUCCGCUCCGCUGCAGUAACCAUCAUCCUCGAAGCCAUGCAGCCUCACCACAAAGACACGUGUUCGUGUCCAGACGAACACGUUCAGCUAGUGGUCGAGUGGCGCAAGGCAUUGAUCGACCCGGCGAACAACAUGCAUCGGCACCUUGCUAUCGCGGAAACAGAACGAGCCAAGAUCAGCCGAAUAGAGCAGAUUGUUGCCGCCAUUCGAGCCAUUCGAGGUGCUGGACGGCCUCUCUCGAAGUGUUCUGCUGCGGGUGAGAUCGAGAUCCUGAGAGCACCUGAGACUCACAUCUGUGAUGAGAGUUGCGACGGCUAUGGCUGUGGCUACGACUCUAGUGCGCGCAGCAGACUAUGGCAGGUGUGGCCGAGGCUCCCAGCUGAUCCAGACGAGGCCAGUGAGCGGCAGGAACGGGAAGCAGAACCAGUCGAGGCGAUCAAGGAAGAUCUUGUGGCCAUGUAUUCCUCCCCAUCUGCGUAUGGUGGCCCUUACAAAUUUGAAGAAACACUUUCGAACUGCUAUCGAAUGGCGCCUGAGGGCAAUUCUAAGAAAUGUGAAAGGCGAAACGACAGUCCGCUAGCAUAG